AUGGAGGUAGUGGAAGCCGCCGCCGUCCAGCUGGAGACACUGAAAUUCAAUGGCACGGGUCUUGGUUCUGACAAUCGGCUGGAGGCACCGACUCCGGGCCUCCCUCCAGAACCAGAACCACAGCCGCCACUACAAGCGGCUGGGGCAUCAUCGACCACUGGGCAGACAGAAGAGGCGAGGCCUGCGGGAGAGCUAGCAGCUCAGCCCUCGGUGGAUGCCGAGGUCAACGGCGACCCGGCCUCACAGUGGCUGCCGGAACCACCACCUGGCGGGAACUGCGUCACGGCUCAGGUUGCGGCUGGACCAGUUCGCAUUCCUAACUCCUUGGAGACCUCGGACUCGGACUCGGACUCGGACUCGGACUCAGAAUCAGACAGCGAUACUGAUUCAGAUAGUUCCAGUUCCUCCUCAUCUUCCUCCUUAUCUUCUUCUUCACGUAUGUCACUGCCUCCAGUGCUGUCAGAUGGAGAAGAUGACUUACUAAAUGAGAAGGAGAAUAAGAAUUUUCCUCUUAAAACAAAAGAUGAGUUACUUCUUGAUGAACUACCUUCUGUUGAAGAACUCACUAUUAUUCUGCCUGAAGAUAUUGAAUUAAAGCCUCUUGGGGUGGUUUCAAGUAUUAUUGAGCAAUUAGUAAUAAUUGAAUCUUUGACAUGUGUACCACCAGUUAAUGAGGACACAGUAAUUUUUAGAAGCGAUCGACAAGCAGCAGGAAAGAUAUUUGAGAUAUUUGGACGUGUUGCGCAUCCUUUUUAUGUAUUACGGUAUAAUUCUUCAGAGCACAUUGAGAGUAAAGGUAUUAAAAUAAAGGACACUAUGUAUUUUGCUCCAUCAAUGAAAGACUUCACCCAGUAUAUAUUCACAGAAAAACUUAAACAGGAAAAGGGAUCUGAUGCUUCUUGGAAGAAUGAUCAGGAACCACCAUUAGAAGCCUUGGAUUUCAGUGAUGAUGAAAAAGAAACUGAAGCCAAACAAAGGAGAAAAUCUCAAAUUCAAGGCCGGAAAAAACUCAGAUCUGAAUUUAAUGAACCAGGUGGAGAUUUUGCAGAAGUACAUCAGAAUUGGAAUGCUCAUUGUUCUGCUUCAGAAUAUUCGAAGGGAUAUCACAAUAGAGAAUUCACAAGAGGAUGUUCCCGGGGGAGAUAUCCUCGACCUUGCCGUGGAAGAGCCCCACCUCAGCAGUUUUAUAAUUCAGAGCAUAUGGUAUCUCAAGAGGCAUCAGGAUUUCCACCUCAGAGACAAGACAGUACUGUGAUGCCACAGUUUCCCUUCCCUCCUCCAGGGUUUGACAUGCAUAAUUUUUCACUCCCUCCACCACCACCUCCGCCACCAUCCAUAAACAUGGGAUGGCCUGCACCUGAUGUUACCUCUAAUCCAUUUCUGUAUUUACCAUACUCUGUACCCCCACCUCCUCCCCCGCCACCCCCUCCUCCUCUAUCCUAUCCUGCAGAUAGUAAAUCUUCUCAUUUUGGGACUUACUAUUAG